UGCAUCUUUACACGUGUACGCCGCUUUACUCAUCUUCCUAUAAAAUCUGUGUCUUAUUGUUUAUUUCAAAAGCUUGGUGUUGGUACGUGGAAGUUUGGGUUUGAACUUUGAACAUGGACGAUGAUAUAUUACACGUUGCGCUGGGACAAAAUGUGAAAGAGUACAAAUCAAUCUUGUUAUGGACAUUACAGAACUCUAGGGGAAAAACUAUAUGUGUCAUUCACAUCCACCAGCCAGCAAAUAUGAUCCCCAUCAUGGGAACAAGAUUUCCAGCAAGCACAUUGACCAAACAGAAAGUCAGGGCAUACCGGGAAAUUGAAAGGCAGAAUAUGCAGCAAAUCCUAGAUGAGUAUCUUCUUUUUUGUCGCAAAAUAGGGGCACAGGCAGAAUCACGAGAUAUUGAAAUGGACAGUAUUGAGAAGGGAAUUGUGAAUCUCAUCUGCCAGCUUGGAAUCAGGAAGCUUGUUAUGGGAGCAGCAGCAGAUAAGCACUACUCAAAGAAAAUGAUGGACCUCAAGUCUAAGAAAGCAAUCUAUGUGCGCCUACAUGCACCUGUAUCCUGUCACAUACAAUUUAUAUGCAAGGGUCGCCUUAUCCACACCAGUGUAGGAAGUGGAACAGACGUUUCUUCCCUUGAUGGUACUGAUGAUUUCUGGACUCCAAGGGGGUCAGUUGCAGAAGGGAGUUCUGAUGAAUGGUAUCCUCCAGCUUUGGAUAAUUCAACAUGCUCUUCCAGAAGACCAGUUGACAUAGCUCGGAUUUCAUCUGUUAGGUCUGAUGGGACUGACAAUGGUUUAGAGCAGGAUGGAAGUAUAGAUGAAACUCUCUAUUCUAAAUUUGAAAAGGCCAUGGCAGAGGCUGGGAAUGCAAGGCUAGAAGCAUUUCAAGAGACACAGAGACGUCGCAAAGCCGAAAAGGAUGCAAUUGAAGCAAUGCACAAGGCUCAAGUGUCAGACCGCUUAUGUGCUGAGGAGUUGAAACAAAGAAAAGAAAUUGAGGAAGCUCUAGCAAAAGAGAAAGAGGAACAUGAAAAGGUGAAAAUACAGCUAAGCAAAGCAAUGGAAGAUCUCCAGUUUGCCUUAGAUCAAAAAUCAUCACUAGAAAGCAAAAUUGUAGAAUCUAAUGAGAUGGUAGAGGGGUUGGAGCUGAGGAUUGUCUCUGCUGUGGAACUGUUGCAAAUUUACAAAAAAGAACGGGAUGAGUUGCUGAGCUCCAAAGAACACUCUGAACCUCCAUCGUAUUUUCUGUGUCCAAUCUCCCAGGACAUCAUGCAAGAUCCUCAUGUGGCAACGGAUGGUUUUACUUAUGAAGCUGAGGUUUUGAGAGAAUGGUUUGACAGUGGACAUGACACUUCACCAAUGACAAAUUUGAAGCUUGAAAACUGCAAUCUUGUACCCAAUUAUGCUCUUCGUUCAGCCAUUCAGGAGUGGCAACAAAAACAUUGAAAUCUGAAACUCUUCCACCUCCACCAUAUACCACCUGUUCCAACCCACGGGUGCAUUUUGUAUUUCAUUAUUUUUUAUGUAAAAAAAUAAAUAGAUCGAUACAUUUUUCUUCUUUAUUGAAUCCUUGGUUCUGCUGUAGCAUAAUAUUGCAUCAUGUUGUAUUACAUAAUGGUAUUUCAACUCAGAAGUUUUGGUUAUAGGUUUACACCUAAAAUAAAUGCAAAGAUGCCAAGAGCAUUUAACAGACACAAGCUCAUAUUUA